GGAUUGAUUUCGAAAGUUGUUUUGUUCUAUCUGUUGAAUGCCUGGCGGCCACACCGCCGAACAGCUGCGCUGGAAAGCACCUGAAGUGAUUCCCGCUGCACACAGCCUCCACCGCGGCCAUGACGCUUUGAUACACACCUGACGGAAGCAGCAGCAGGUAAGAGCAGAGCAUAGACAUGGCCAUUGCACACGUGGCUACGGAGUACGUGUUCAGCGACUUUCUGCUGAAGGACCCGAACCAGGCUCGAUACCGCAACGUUCGAACGGAGCUCGCCGUGGACAAGAUCGUGACCUGCGUGGCCGUGGGCCUUCCCCUCCUCCUCAUCUCUCUGGCCUUCGCUCAGGAGGUCUCAGUCGGUACUCAGAUCAGCUGCUUUGCUCCGACUAACUUCUCAUGGAGGCAGGCAGCUUAUGUGGACUCCUUCUGCUGGGCGGCCGUGCACACGCAGACUCUACCUCUGUGGCUGCACAAGUUCUUUCCUUACAUCCUGCUGCUGGUGGCCGUGCUCAUGUACGCCCCGGCGUUGUUCUGGAGAUUUUGCGCUGCGCCGCUCCUGCAGUCUGACCUCGCCUUCAUCAUGGAGGAGCUGGACCGCUGUUAUAACCGCGCCGUCACUCUGGCCAAACGGAUGGCGACAGCGGAGCAGCCGUCCGCUGACAGCGAUCCCACAGAGGGCUGCUUCAAUUACCCAAUGGUGGAGAAGUUCUUGAUGACCAAGCGCUGCUCAAGGAAGCUGAUCAUUUACUACUUCCUGUGCCGCGUUCUGACUCUGCUCACCCUGCUCUGCGCCUGCGUCUGCCUGGGCUACUACCUCCGCCUGGCCUCCACUACAGACGACUUCGGCUGCAAGCUGCGUGUCGGCCUGCUCGAGUCAGACACCGGCGUCCCCGACAGGGUGCAGUGUAAGCUCAUCGCCGUGGGAGUCUUCUCCUUGCUGAGCUUCGUAAACUUGAUCGUCUUCGCCACGUUGAUUCCAGUUGUGAUCUACGCCAGUCUGCGUCCCCUCUACUGCUAUGACCACGCCCACUUCCUUGAAACCUACCAAUCACUGCCCACUGUGAGCGUCCUGCCCAAACCCGGUGGCCAAUGUGACGAUCUCUCGCUCUACCUGCUCCUACUGGAGGAGAACAUCAGUGAACUGAAAUCCUACAAAUAUAUGAAGGUGUUGGAGAUGUUGAGGAGACGAGGCGAGCACGCCGGAGAAAGCUUCGACCCCAUGGGCCUGCUGCAGAAUCUCUGCCUGGUGAAGAUGGACAACGUAGACGGGUUGAAACCCACCAGUGCUUCAGCGAUGCCUGAUAACGACGAGGGUCCAAACUCGUCCAAAGAAAACAGCAGCAAGACGGAAACGGAGAUGAAAGAGCUCAGACCUCUGCUGAAAGAGAACAGCGAUGCAGCAGGAAGCGGCGACGGAGGCGUUCUCCGACAGAGACCGAUGUGAUGAUUCAGCGUGGGAUUAACAAACUCAGACUUUAAAUCGUUUUCUUCAGAGGAGAGAGGAUGGAGAGUGUGUUUUUUGUCUGUCCGGUAGAUCGUGGAAUAAUGGCAGGACGCUGGAGGAUGAUUGGCUAAAACUCCCGAUGGUACUGAUUUCGACUUCCUCUGAAUUUUUUUUUUUUUUUUAUGGACAAUUUCAAACACUACAAUCCUGAAAGCUUAACUUGGAUUUUUACAUUUUCUGACACACAAUCACUGAAUAUGGAGCUCCUGAAAGGUCGCACUGGGAACAUCUUUCCUCCUGACGAUGCUUUUAUGUUCCCGCUGACGUGUUUUGGUCCAGCCUUCGUGUAUUAUGUAAUGUAUGCAUUGCUCAUUUACACAGCCACUUCCCGAAUGCAGAACUUUAUAAAAACAUCUGUUUAUAAAAACACUGUGACCCGGUUCCCCUUAUCUGCUCCCUGUGAGAAUCUAGCUUCCUGCAGGGUCGUUCGUUAGGAUUUUUAUGCAUAAACAAAGCAGGGAAUCAGAGCAAUGCAAGGUUGUUUUCUUUCUGUUGUACAUUCACGGUUCUCGCUCUAUCUGCUGAAAAAUCUCCCAGGACUUCAUCAAUAAGCCAAAAAAUAAGCCUGAACAACCUCAAUGACAGAUUCAGACUUAAAAAAAAUAUAUGUGUGUGUGUAUAUGUUCUUUUUUUGGCCUUUGCUGUGUCUCAGGGUGUUUAACAGGCUUACUGCAUGGAACAUCUUUGUGGGCAUAGUGUCAGAGUCUGAUAAACCUGCACUUUGGGCCACAAAAACACUUCUAGUUGUCUGUGUGAAAACGGCCUUCAGUGACCUCGGUAAACACUCUCCCGAUGACCUUGUGAGCUCAGCUGCAAGGUUCAGGCUAUAUUUAAUAAAACGUGAAAUUCUAACACAGUCAGUUCUGGUCCUAACUGAUCACGUCGUGUUUCAAAAACAGUCAUUUCAGGAGCUCCGUAUGGUUCCAUGAUUAUCAGACAAAAGUUUACCUUCCAGUCAGGGUCUCGUUCACAAGUGAGAGAAGAAGGGAGCGUCUGUGGAGACCUGAGCGUGGAAUCUUUUCCACCCUCAUCGUGACCGAAGUGAUGAGCUUUCUCUUCCUUUAGAGACAGACGAGGCGCUGAGAGGAGAGCCGCUCCUCCUCCUGCCACUAAAACUGCUUUUAAAGUCAAUAUUGUCAGACUGAUUGUUCCUGCGAGCUGCCUUAGUGGGAGAACGAGUUUUUCAUGCGAUUGUCAAUCACAUUUCAAGUCAACGUUAGCGCUUUAAAGGAAAAUGAAAAUGAAACUGGAAUCAUUAAAAGGUAGCUAACUCAUGAACAUGCAGUCGCAGUAUUUGUUCAGGGUUUGGCUCCCCAGACUGAUUUCCUGCUUAAGAACUGAACGUUUUUCUCAUGUGUGGAUGUGAUUAAACUGUCCUUUGCAUGUCAAGCUACAAGAAAAAGAGGUACAACUGCAUGAAGCUUGGUUUUGUGUACAUAUUUUUUAGGUUACGAGGUUUUCUUUGUUUAACAUAGACGUAAAUAAUCCAAAGUCAGGUUUUAGGUUUUAUCGCUGUGAGAGAACUCGU